UUCAAGAGCCUCACAAAGUUCCUCUGCUAAGAACAAUACUACAGGAGACAAUGCGUUCUGUCCUAACAUCGGUGUUGCUUCUGUGCUUGGUGAGCUUUGCGUUAUGUCAGGGCUACGAUGAUUCUUCGGAAGAUGGGGGACGGGGGCCCCCGAGAGGAGGAAGGGGGAGGGGUCCUCCUCCUGGACGAGGAGGCGGUCGGGGUGGUCCACCGCCAAUGUUCCCAGAGUGUGAAGAGUUUGAAAAAGCUGUGCGAAAAGAAGCUAUGGAAAUGCAUAGAAACAAAGAAGGUGGACCUAGAAAUUGUCAAAGUGAAAAUCGUCAGGAAUGUCGCUAUAACGACAUGAUGACAGCUCGAAGCAGAGUAACUGUCGAACCAAGCCCAGAGUGCCUAAACCAAGUCGACAGCUUUUUCAGAGGCAAUGCAAACGCAAGUCCUUAGAUGUAACGAAAAUACCCAAAGUUUUUUUUGUCUUGAUAAUCUUUAUGCAAAUUUAGUUGUGAUCGUGUUUUAUUAAAUACUACUGUUGCACUUUGUAAAGUGGAAAUAAAAUGUUUUUCUUUUGA